AUGGAUGUCAUCGGUCUGAUAGAGCCAGCUACUUUUGAUGUACAUAGAUUUAUUUUGGUUGCCAUUGAUAAUUUCACCAAUUGGGUGGAAGCAGCUUCUUCCAAGCCGGUAACCAAGAAAGUUGUUGCUGAUUUUGUUCGCAACAAUCGGAUAUGCAAAUUUGGUGCCAGAUCCAUCAAUAUUGAUAAUGUAUACGGAACAGAAACAGUCAUACCUACUGAAGAUGAGAUACCGUCAUUGAGAAUCAUCCAAGAAGCUGAGUUGAGUAACACUGAAUGGGUUAGAAAGAGAACCAAUCAGUUAACUUUGAUUGACGAGAAGAGAAUGGUGGCUGUUUGUCAUGGUCAGUUGUAUCGUCAAAGAAUGAUUCGUGCUUUUCACAUGAGAGUAAGAACUAGAAUUUUUGAAGUUUGUCAGUUGGUGCAUAAGCACAUUUUUCCUCAUCAAGACAAAUACAAAGCAAAAUUCUCACCAAAUUGGCAAGGUCCUUACAUGGUUCACAAAGUGUUAUGUGGAGGUGCUUUGUUCGUGUUGGAGAUGUGUGGCACCGCAUGGACUAAACCUAUCAACUCAGAUGUUGUCAAGAGAUACUGCAUGUAA